ACUGGCAACACUCGUGACUGCUUGGGACACAUUAAAGCAAACUCGGAAUUGCGACUUUGUGAAUACAACGAGAGAAAAAGAAGGAACAAGACCGGCUGACUGAGAAGAAUAGAUAAAUCAGAACGAGAGGGAGAGAGAGAGAGGAAGCGAGAGAGAGAGAGACGGUCCUGCUGCAGUGCAUGCAUCCCACCUAUAGAUGUGCGGAACCCCCGGUGCCUGACAAUAUGGCGGGAUUCCGUUGAGGAGAGAGGAGAGUGCCUGAGACUCACCACUCACCACCCACCACUGACCACGGACGGAGCACCGACUGAGUCGAGUCUCCACUUUUUCUGGCAGGCCAAUCACAACUCUCCACAGGAGACGUGGCUGCCUUCACAGCAUCUGGUCAGCCCCUCCAUUCCUCAGUCUUCUCAUCUCAUCUCCACACACUUGGGGGCUGUUAUAAAUCUCGAGGAGGCCCCUAUCGAGUGGUGAACCUGAGAGGAGUGGAGAUCAAGUCCGCUGCCCCCUCAUCAGUCCAGGAUGUAUAAGGACUUCAGACCAGCAACUCGAAGUGGAGGUACCGGACUGAAUGCACUGCCGUUUGACCCCGCGAGCAACAACGAGCCGCUGCAGUUCACCAGCUCCAACGGCCCGCUGGUGUCCGAGAUCCCGCUGGAGAACGGCGCCGAGAACAGCAAGAAGAGGAAGAGACCCAACCUGCCCCCAGAGGGCAUACGGAACAUGACCAUGGAGUCCAGCCCCAUGGCGAUGCCCAUCUCCGACCCCAACGCCUGGGCCACGGCCAUGAACAACCUGGGCAUGGCGCCCAUGGGCAUGACCGCCGGGCAGCCGCUCAUGUCAGCGGACUUCGACCCGAGCCUUGGCAUGAUGACGGGCAUCGCCCCCAUGAACCCCAUGAUGCCCGGCCUGGGCAUCGUGCCGCCCCCCAUCUCCCAGGACAUGCCGGUCGUCAAGGAGAUCAUGCACUGCAAGACCUGCACCCUGUUCCCGCCCAACCCAAAUCUGCCGCCUCCGGCCACGAGAGAGCGCCCUCCGGGCUGUAAGACGGUGUUCGUGGGCGGGCUCCCGGAGAACGCCACGGAGCAGCUGAUCGUGGAGGUGUUCGAGCAGUGCGGCGACAUCGUGGCCAUCCGCAAGAGCAAGAAGAACUUCUGCCACAUCCGCUUUGCGGAGGAAAUUACGGUCGACAAGGCACUCUUCCUCUCCGGCUACCGCAUCAGACUGGGCUCCAGCACGGACAAGAAGGACACGGGCCGGCUCCACGUGGACUUUGCGCAGGCGCGUGACGACCUGUACGAGUGGGAGUGCCGGCAGCGCAUGCUGGCCCGCGAGGAGCGCCACCGGCGCCGCAUCGAGGAGGAUCGGCUCCGGCCGCCCUCGCCACCGCCCAUAGUGCACUUCUCAGAGCACGAGUGCGGACAGCUGGGGGAAAAGAUCAAAGAUGACUCCAAGUUUCCGGAGGCGGUGCGUGUGCUGCUGACCUGGGUGGAGCGGGGCGAGGUGAACCGCCGCAACGCCAACAGCUUCUACUCCAUGAUCCAGUCGUCCAACAGCCACAUCCGCCGCCUCAUGAACGAGAAGGCCGCCCACGAGAAGGAGAUGGAGGAGGCCAAGGAGAAGUUCAAGAACGCCCUGGCCGGCAUCCUAGUGCAGUUUGAGCAGAUUGUGUCUGUAUUCCACGCUGCCUCCAAACAAAAGGCGUGGGACCAUUUCUCCAAAGCCCAGCGGAAGAACCUGGACGUUUGGCGCAAGCAAGCAGAGGAGAUCCGCAACAUCCAUAAUGAGGAGCUGAUGGGUAUCCGGCGUGAGGAGGAGAUGGAGAUGUCGGAUGAUGACAUGGAGGACAACCUGGAGAGCAAGGACUCCGACGACUCAGGACCGGCGGCGCAGGCGGAGGCGUUGAAGGAGGAGAACGACAGCCUGCGGUGCCAGCUGGACGCCUACAGGAACGAGGUGGAGCUGCUGAAGCAGGAGCAGGGCAACAAGCAGCCCACGCCACCGCACACACACUCACACACACACACGCUGCGCAGCGCCGAGGAGGAGGCCACGCGCACGCAGCAGCUCAACUUCCUACAGCAGGCCCUGCAGGGCAUGCAGAAGCAACUGCUGAGUGUGCGUGAGGAGUUGAAGGCUCGUGAGAGUGAGCUGGAGAGGAGUUCGGAGGACCGGCAGCAGCUGGAGAGCCAGGUGCAGACCCUCAAGGAGCGCGUGCAAACCCUCCGCGUGCAAACCCUCGUCCAGCUGGAGACGUCGGAGCGAGAUGACAGAGGCAGCGAAGACAGCACCAAUCAAGCCAACGAGGCAGCUACGUCAGCAGUGGUGUCCUGCAGCCAGGAGAAGGAGAGCGUGCCAGACAAGGGCCCGCCCAGCCCCGUGCGCUCCGAGAGGGAGGCCCUGCUCGUGGGUAUAAUCUCCACCUUUCUGCACGUCCAUCCGUUCGGGGCCAGCAUCGAGUACAUCUGCUCCUACCUACAGCGCCUGGACACAAAGAUCAGCACGGCGGAGGUGGAUGCUCUUCUGAGCCGGCUGCCCUGCACCUUCAAGCAGGAGCUGAGUGGGGUGGGCGCCAGCCUGGAGAAACGAUGGAAGUUCUGCGGCUUCGACGCCAUGAAGACCAUCUAGAGAACACCCACCCCACAACACCCCACCCCAUCAUCAUCAUCAUCACCCCCCUCUCCAAGAUGGCCGACAUCAAGAGGGGGGCGGGGGGAGG